AUGGGGGGAGAAAUUCAGGAAAAACGUUAUGUAAACCAUAAAAGAAUCGUGUCUGGACAGACAUCAUCUUCAGGGAAACCACCCGCAUCCUCCUUGCUUUUUCCUCCACAACCCUUGAGCCGCCAAAGCUUCCUUCCAGCAGUAAUUGCCCUUAUCCAAAAUGGCUACCACGGCCUUUCCCUUCUAACGCUGACUGCCAGGAUUCAAGAUGGUAGCACGACUUCCUGUUGGAGUCAGUUUGCCCUUAACAAAGAUGGUGGCUGCAUUUCCUGUUCAGCAGUGUGCUUCCGGCUACCUAAGGCUGGGAAGGAUAUGGAAGGCCAGAAAGCCACGCCAGAUCCUUGCUCAGAAGACAGCAGCAACUUUCUGGACCUGUCUCCAACCUAUGACAUAGCACAGCAGCUACAACAGAAGCCCAGGCAUGAGGCCAGUAGUGAAACUUCUAGUUCUAUAGACAUUCCUGCUUCAUUUUCACUGAAUUCAGAAACCAGCAACUUAAAUUUAGGACAGAAUGAUCCUGGGACCAGUGAGAAUUUUUGGCUUGAUCACUCCAUGGCAAAUCAGCCAGAGAUCAUGGAAGAUGAUGGACUUAGGAAAUCACUGGAUCAUUUCUAUGAAGUAUAUGGUCAAACCCUACCCUCUCCAAAAGAUGCACUCUCAGUGGCAGCGUCUCAUCGCCUUUCUCAGAAAAUCAUAGAACUGACCAACCAAGAAAGUCAAAAGUAUGCACUCCGUAGUUUUCAGAUGGCUCAGGUGAUUUUAAACCGAGAUGGAUAUUCAAUCAUACAAAGUCAUUCUAAAGAUGUUCACUUCUAUCCACUGGAAGAAGGAAAUGCAUCUCUGGAUAAAGAAAAGCCAACCCCAGGACUUUCAAAAGAUGUAAUUAGUUUUCUCUUACAUGAGAAUAAAAUGAAAUAAAUAUAAUUCAUGUAGCUAAAGGAGCUGGACUGGACAUAUAAUUCGUUGUUGAUAUCUGAUAAUUUAAAUGCCUUUACAUAAGACAUGAAAGCAGAUGUAUAUAUGUAAAUUAAUCUGUUCAUAUUAAAGUGUGAUAUGUCAUCUACUGAAAUAAAGAUGAGAUAUAAUAAUUAUGAACUAAAAUAAUACAAAUAAAAUAAUACAAAAAUACAAUAAAACAAAAGAACUAGAUUAAAACUUCAACAUAUUUCAAUUAUGUGUACUCUCAAGAGUCAGAGGUAGAAAGUUCAAAGUAGAAAGAAUAUGUGGGAUUUUAUCAAUUAACAAUUAAAAUUUUAUUUUCUUUCUUCUGUCACAUCACAAAUUUAAGGAGAAAGAAAAAAGUAAAUCCAAUUUUUAUAAUAUAUUUGUAUAUGUAUAUAUAUAUGUAUAUGCUGACAUGAUAUAUUAGUCUCCAGUGUUAUCAGCUUGUUAAUUUCUAGUUGAAAGGAAAGAGAAACUUUAGUGCUGAAAUAGUAGCAUUCUCUCCUUUAUUUUUGUUUGUAUUUGUUUAUUGCUAGAAGCUGUAUUUUAGAUCUAAGCUGAUCAUUUUGUAAACAAUUAGAGAAUUAUCCAAUAAUCUCAUUGACUCUCCUGAGCUAGCUAGUUUAUCUUUUCUCAAGCUGCCAUACGCUCUGUAUACAAAUGGCUGCCCAGUGGGAUGUUCCUGUAACCUUUGCAGAGACCAGGUGCUCCUUGUCCAUGGUGCCCCUCUCCAGCAGAGCCUUUUUAAACAGAUGAUCCUUAUUUGUGCUUGGCAAGUGCUUCAAGGUGUAUCAUGAGCUUUAACAAAUAAAAUACUAUUUCAGUAAGCCUUGAUAUAUUUACAGAACAUGCCAUACAGGUAUUUAGAAACUUUUUUUUUUGUUAAUAUUGAACUUUAUGCUCCUCACAAGAAAUUAUGUUGACAGAAAGUAUUAUAUCACUUAUGAGCAGAAAGUCUGUUACUCCUAUGUAGUUAGGAAACUAGAGUAUGAAUUUUAGAAGAUCUAGGUCAAAAUUAAUUGGCCUCAUACCAAUUUUACUAACCCAAAAGCUCUACAAAAGGCUCAUUAUGUAAGAAUCCAAGAAUGAUAUAAGUGUAGUUCUAAAAGAAGACAGAAAACUAAUCAAAGAAUUUAAAAAAUACCUGCAUUGAAUGGAAUCUCAGAAGACACUUAUUCUAGUCCUUGUCCCAAGAAGAAUCUCUGCCACAAUCUAUCUAUAUAAAAUGUCAUCCAGCCUUUGUUUGAAGACCUUCAAUGAAAGGGAACUUACUAAAGUAACCCAUUCACCUUGGGGGUAACUCUAUUUGUUAGGAAACUUUAUUUUUGCCAUCAUUCUGUUUCCCUUUUUUCAAAUUCCACUCUUUAUUCAUAGUUCUUACCUUUGGGGAGAUAAAACAACACAAAUCUAAUUCUUUUAUCACUUGGCAGCCCUUUACAACUUUGAAAAUAACUAUCAUGUCCAUUCAAGUCUGCUCUUUCUAUUUAAAAUGCCACCAGAUCUUUCAGAUAAUUUUCAUAUUAGAGAGAAUCAUUACCAUCUUCUCAAUAUUGUCUAGCCUAUCAAUAUCAUUUCCUAAGCAGUGAUAAUAAGAAUUGAUUAUUAAUAUUCCAAAUAUGAUUUGAUGACAGCAGAGUACAUCAGAACCAAAGCCUUAAUAAUGCCCAUUCUUAAUGCAACCAAAGAUCAUAUUACAUUUUUUGGAGGGUAGCAUUGCUAUGGUACUUUAUUGUUUGCAAAAUGUUUAACAUAUAUUUUGAUUUGAUUCUCCCAUUGACCCCAAGCAGUUAUGUUCAUUUUACAGAAGGGGAAAUUGAUGCUAAGAGAAUCCAAAUGAUAUACAUAAUAUCAUACAGUUAAGUGUCUGAAGUAGUAUCCAAACUCAUGUUUUCCUGCCCCCAGAUAUAGCACCCUAUCUACUCUAGUACCUGCUAUUAUUGAUUGAUGGUAAACUUGCAAUCCACCAAAAACCCCAGAUCAUUUUUAGUUAAAUGUCUAUAAAAGAUAUCAUGAUGCUACAGAUAAAGAGCAGGACUUGAAGUCAGGAAGCCCAGAUUCAGAUACUGCUCUCUACCUCUUAAUAGUUAUGUGACCCUUGAUAUAACUUACAUGAGACUCAGUUUUAGCACUUGUAGAUUUUAGAUUUCAGAGAAGUUAAGUGGUGCAGUGGAUAAAGCACUGGGCCUGAAUUCAAAUCUGGUCUCAGAUAUUUACUAGCUCUGUGACCUUGGGCAAA